CCCCGCCCCGCCCCGCCCCGUGGUCGCGGCUCUCCCGCACCCCUCCGACGGCUCCCGUGGCCAUGGGCGCUACCUGGCGCAGCCCGGGCUGGGCCCGCGUGGCGCUCUGCCUCGCGGGCUUCGCGCUCUCGGUCUACGCGCUGCACGUGAAGGCGGCGCGCGCCCGGAGCCAGGACUACCGCGCUCUCUGCGACGUGGGCACCGCCAUCAGUUGUUCGCGCGUCUUCUCCUCUAGGUGGGGGCAGGGCUUCGGGCUGGUGGAGCACGUGCUGGGCCAGGACAGCGUCCUCAACCAAUCCAACAGCAUAUUUGGCUGCAUCUUCUACACUCUGCAGCUGGUGUUAGGUUGCCUCCGGGGCCGCUGGGCAUCUAUUCUGCUGGUGCUGAGUUCCCUGGUGUCUCUCGCUGGUUCUCUCUAUUUGGCCUGGAUCCUGUUCUUUGUGCUCUAUGAUUUUUGCAUCGUUUGCAUAACUACCUAUGCCAUCAAUGGGGGUCUGAUGAUGCUCAGCUUCCGGGAGUUCCAGGGAGCCCCGAGCAAGGCCAAGAGACACUGAGUGCUCACGCCCGAGCCAGCCCGACCAAAUCUGCUCCGCUUUGUCAUGUGAGCCUUGCCAAAGGGGGUCCCAUCUGGCCCCGUAGACACUAUAGGCCUGCGUAGGACAAUGGACCAAAUGUGCUAUUCUCUCUUACUGCACCCCAGUGCCUCUGACUCUGUCCCCAAAGUCUGGUUCCCAAGUUCCUGCCAUUGCCCAAGGAGGGAAGCGAUAAGAAAGCGUUCUUAAGCGAUAAAAUUACUGAAAUAAA